CCCGAAAUAUAUGGAUCUAACGAGAAAAGGCCCAAAACAAUAAUGGGCUUUCCAAGUCUUAAUAAAAUAAUCUCUUCCAUGUUACGUGUAAACGAUGUUUCUAGUUUUAACAUAACCACCACCAAUGGUCCAAUGGAACCACCAAGAAUCUUUCUCCGGCCGUUCAAAGCAUCUGAUGCUGAAGACGUCUUUAAAUGGGCAAGUGAAGAUGACGUCACACGUUACCUCCGUUGGGACUCUGUUAAGACCUUAGAAGAAGCCGAACAACACAUCCUUAACAAGGCCAUACCACACCCAUGGCGCCGUUCCAUCUCUCUCCUCCAAGACGGUCGUUCGAUAGGUUACGUAUCCGUCAAGCCAGAUUCCGGCGAUGGUCGUUGCCGGGCUGACCUCGCCUACGCUGUGGGUAAAGAGUUUUGGGGGCGGGGGAUAGCCACGGCAGCGGUGAGGAUGGCUGUUGAACAAGCUUUCGAGGAUUUCCCGGAGGUGGUGAGGAUUCAAGCGGUGGUGGAGGUGGAGAACAAAGCGUCUCAGAGGGUGUCGGAGAAAGUUGGGUUUCGAAAAGAGGGUUUGCUUGAGAAGUAUGGUCUUAGCAAAGGGGUGAUCAAAGACAUGUUUCUGUAUGGUUUUGUCAAAGGAUUAUGAUUGUUUAUGUGAUGAUUAACGGUGAAAUAAUGGGGGAAACUAACUAAGUAAAUAAUGUUGAACAUUUGGUUUACUACAGAAAAAAGAUGUUUACGGCAACGAAUGAUGCCAUGAUGGUUACCUUUUGUCUUCAUGCAUGUGUUCUUAUCAUGUUUAUGUGUCAUUUCAUACUCAUAAGUUAAUAACUCUUGUCGUGUGGUGACUCUUUUUAUCUUUCUUAAAUGUUUUUCUUGGUUUGGUUA